CCCUCUCUCUCCCUCUAGCGUGUAAACAUCACCCACAUCCACAAACAACUCUCUGCUGCUUUUUUCAAGCACGGCGGUGAUGCCGAUGGUCUCAAACUGCUCGUGCACAUAGAGCUCCACCCUCCAACCAGACAUGCGAGGCUCGAUUGGCGGGCUCAUCUGCGUCGGCCUCGCCUGCAACGCCGCCCUCGUCGCGGCGGCGACCGAGCCUGCCUUCGUCGAUCAAGCUGCCCACCAGCAGCUCGCGUUUCAAGUGUCCUCGUCCUCGUCGCCAUCUUCAAAGGUCUAUACAGAAGACUACUGGGCGGCGGAAGAGGGGGUCGGACAUUUUUCAGAAUGGAGCAAGGCGCAGAAACGCCGAUUCAUCGAUGUCGUUCGCAGCGGCGACGAUGCUGCCAUUGCUAACUGGACCGUCGUCAUGGGCAACGAGGGCGGCGAUCUGGACAGCAUGGCCUCUGCACUCGCUUGGUCGUACCAUCUAGACCAUAUUCACACCGAAAACUUUGAUCAUGAUCGCGCCACGACCGUUGCACUGCUACAGACACCAGAGGAUGCGCUCGACCUGCGACCUGAGAACAAGCUUGCAUUGUCCAACUCGAACAUGUCGCCUGGUCACCGCGACUUGCUGACCAUCGAUGAGCUUCCCAUGUCUGCCGAGGAUCUGUCAAAAAAGAUCAAGGGCAUCGUCAUCGUCGACCACCCGCUGCCGUUGAGUGUCUGGAGAGGCGCCAAAGUGCUCAGCAUCUUCGACCACCAUAUCGACCGGGGCGUGGCGCAGGAUGCGACUCCUCGCAUCUUUGAGCGCACCGCGAGUUGUAGCACCAUCGUCGCUCGGACGCUUUUGAAUGAGCGUGAAAAAAUGGGCAAAGGAAAGGAGUACCACGUGCCGCACGAGAUGCUUGAGCUGAUCCUCGCGGCCAUCGCGCUGGACUCGGACGCCCUGUCUACCGCCCGUUCCAUGCCGUCAGACGUUGAGACUGCGUCACGACUGCUGCACCUGUCGCGUUGGAAGGACCAGAAGCUGCAGAAGGUCAUGGCAAGGCUGGACGAGCAGAUGUCGAAGGCAAAGAAGUCGCUUGACGACCUCAGCGUCCGCGACCUGCUGCGUCGCGACUGGAAAGGCGACCUCGUCCAUACGCCAGAGGGCAAGCCGGACAUCCAUCUCGGUUUCGCAUCGAUCCCCAUCUCGCUCGAUGACCAGAUCGAGCGGACGCUGCACCAGCGCAUCACAUCGUGGUUCGAUAUCGAGAGCCAGUGGACAAACGAGAUUGGCGCCGACGUCAGCGUCGCACUCACCUCGUUCAAGGCCCGCGAUCCGGACACGGGCAAGAAGGCCAAGCGGCGCCAGAUCGUCCUGUCUGUGCGCAGCGACAAGAACAUCGAUGAGCAGCAGGCGGACGAACUAUUCGAGGCGAUCAAGAAGACCGUCGAAAGCCAUCCCGUUCUUGAAGUCGACCCAUGGCCUAAAGCGAAUCAGCUGGCCCGCAGACAAAUGGUCUGGGAACACAGUGUCGCUGCAGGCGGCCGCAAGCUCGUCCGCCCGAUCAUCGAGGACGCAGUGGGGCGCUGGGGGCUGUCGGCGCACGACUGAAGAACGUAUUAAGUUCAAGGACAAUGUAACUGUAUUUUUGAACGCCUUGGGUCGCCCAGAGACCUGUAACACAUCAUCAAGACGAGGGGGCGGGUUCACAAAGCGAAU